ACUCGUAUGGUGGCAAAGGGGCAAUUCCAGAAAGUGGCUGAGUCCUUGGUGCUAAGAGCGGGGCAAACCCUGGACCUGCGCUGCAAAGGAAAAGCUGUCAAAUGGAGAUACCCCGUCUACCUUGAGGAAGAUGAUGAGAGGCGUCUCCGGAUCAAGGACUUUGAAAGGCACAGUCAGCUCGUUGUUGUCAACUCCACUGCUGCAGACACCGGCGAGUAUAGCUGUUGGUCCUUGCAGUGCCUGGAUAGUGAGUGUCGUGACGGGGAGAACCGAAUGGGCAAAACAUUCAUCUUCUUCACAGACCCACAGGAGCUAUUUGUGCCCACAGAAGAUUACUACGAAGUGAUACAACUGCGCACCAACCACCCCACCCUUCUGCCCUGCCAGGUGACCAACCCGCUUGCCAAAGUUACAUUGCACCGGGAAUUUCCACCGGAGAAAGUUGCUGUGGAUGGGAUAGACAUCUCCUUUGAUGUGAAGAAAGGGUUCACAAUCCACCGCCCUCAGCCAUCCCUCGCAGGCUCUCUCUUCUGCAUGGCAAAUGUGAAUGGAUUACGGCAGAUCUCCACCAAAUACAUGCUGAUUUAUGUGAACUAUCCCUCCUCGGUUCCCAAACCAGCUAUCAGACCCUCAGUAGUGUCUAUUCAGGCUGGAGACAAUUUCAAUGUCACUUGCACAGUGUUCGGGGAACCGGAAAUUACUGUAGAUUUCACUUGGGAAUAUCCAGGACAACAAAUUGGUAGACCGCCGUAUAUCCAUGAACGCACAGACUUGGCAAGACGUGGUGGGCAGGUGCAGCAAGAAUCUGAGAGCAUCCUCUACAUUGAUGAAGCCCGUGCUGUAGAUGAUGGGUUGUACACUUGCAUUGCCGAGAAUCUGCAGGGCUCCACCAGAGUAUCUACUCGUGUCCGCGUGCUCCCAGGCACACCAGCUCCCAAGAAGACAAAGUCUGGGUAACCAUGCCUUGGCCUGUAGAAAGUCUCAGGUUCUGCUGGAAAUAAAA